AUGCGCAGCCGCACAACCAAAUACGGAGAUCUGGUCAUGCUGUUGGAGGAUAUUAUGCUACUUUACCGUGUUGAAACCACCGAUCUCCUGCUCAAGUACAUGAAUGCACGCACCCGAUUGUCAAAAAGAAGGAUCCUUGACCACGCAAGGCGGUACAGUAUUUUGAAUAAAAUGGACCGCCAAAUAAAGCAUCUUGACAGACUGAUUCAUAUCAGUGAUGCGGACUGCAUUGCAAACUUGCGGAUGGACCGCAACACUUUUGGACGGUUGUGUCGGAUACUAUAUGCGCGGGGUGGCUUGCGAAUCGGGAGAACUUUAGGCAUUGAGGAACAGGUUGCCAUGUUCCUGGGUGUUCUGGCCCAUCAUGACAAAAACCGUAGAGUUAAAUUCCAGUUCUGGCGAUCUGGGGCCACUGUGUCACAGUGUGUGCACAAAGUGAUGUGUGCAAUUCUUAGCCUGCACUCUGUUUUAAUGGCCAAACCCACUCCUGUCCCCGAAAACUGCACGGACCAUAGAUGGAAAUGGUUUAAGGGGUGCCUUGGUGCUCUUGAUGGAACACACAUCAACGUACUUGUCCGCACUGACGACAAGCCUCGAUACAGAACUAGGAAGGGGCAGAUAGCGACUAAUACCCUUGCCGUAUGCGAUCGAAAUAUGCAAUUCGUGUAUCUGCUACCCGGAUGGGAAGGGUCUGCUGGGGACUCCCGCAUUCUAAGAGAUGCAGUUUCCCGGCAUAAUGGGUUCAAGGUGCCACAAGGUUGUUACUACUUGUGCGAUAAUGCGUACGCUAACAGUAAUGGCUUCCUCACACCAUACCGUGGCGUUCGUUAUCAUCUUAAGGAGUUUGGCCCGGGCAUGGAGGCGCCACAAGACCCAAAAGAAAUGUUCAACAUGCGCCAUACUAAGGCACGAAACGUCAUCGAACGUGCAUUUGCUGUCUUAAAGAUGCGAUGGGGGAUCCUUCGAAGUGCGUCGUUCUACCCAAUUGAGACUCAAAUCCGUUUGAUUAUGACAUGUUUCCUUCUCCACAAUUUUAUUCGUCGGGAGAUGGAGGUAGAUCCAAUAGAAAUGGAGCUUGAUGGGUGUUUCUCAGAGGUAGCCCACGAAGACAACAUAGGCGUUGAUUAUGUGGACAGUGUUGAGCCAACAGCCGAGUGGACUCAAACUAGGGAGACACUAGCAAUGAACAUGUGGAUGAAUUGAUAGGUUGUUUUGUUAACUAAAUCACUACUAUGACCCUUCUUCCAGACUAUGUCAUCUUGUUAACAUUUGUGCCUUUUAUCAUCCACUAUUUUACUUGCAGUAAUUUGGUGAUAUGGAGUUUUGUUAUUUC